AUGAAAAAUUUGCCCACAAGCGUUUUGACUUUGAUGAGGUUAAGGAGUAUAGAUUUUCCUUUAUCUGUAAGUUCUUCAGCUCUUUGUUGUCAUUAUGUUUCUUGUUUUGUGGGUAGUCACACAUAUAAUUUUAGCUCAAAGCACAGAGAUAGUCUUAUGGUAGAGACUUUAACUCAGUUUUUAGUUAUAAAUUUUUUGGUUACAGUGGUGGGUCCAGGUUUCUGCUUAGUACACUAUCAGUGUCGAGUUUAUCGGGAACCUGAGUUAAUUUUGAAGGUUACUGGGCAUCAACAAGAAUUGAGUUUUGAUUCUUUUAUAAAGCCUUUGGAAGAUAUGCGUGCUGGGCAACCUCGUUUGUUGGAAGUUGAUAAUCGUGUGUUCAUUCUUUUUGUUUUCCUAAGUAUAGAUGCUCUUAGCGGGUUGUUUUUUGGCCAAUGUUUGGAAAUUUGUGGUGCUAAUCAUAGUUUUAUACCUAUUGUUUUAGAGAUUACUUCUUUAGAGUGUUGGGCAGGGUGAUG